UCUGCCCAGGAAAGAGCUGAGGACAACGAUGGUGGCCAGACCAUACUGUGUGGUAGUGGUCCUACUGCUGCUGGCAGGAGUUUCUAAGAUUGGAGAAGGGAAUUCUAACCCUGGGUUCCUGGCCAGAAUCACCAAGAAGGGCCUGGAAUAUGCCCAACAGUAUGCAGUCACUACCCUGAAGAAGGAGCUGUCCACCACCAGGUUGCCUGAUUUAUCAGGAAGUUCUAAUAUAGAUUGGGUUGGAUGGGUGAGCUACGAUUUUCACAGCCUGAAAAUCCAUCACUUUGUACUCCAGAACUGGAAUCUGAAUCUACUUCCGGAGCUGGGCAUAAGAGCGUCUCUGUCCAAUAACUACAUGUCUGUGGGCGGGAAUUGGAAGGUGAACAAAGCAUUCAUCACUCUACAGGGCACAUUUGAUCUGAAGGUAUAUGGCAUUUCCAUAUCAGUUUCUCUGAAUUUGGGCAAGGACCAAUCUGGACGGCCCACUGCCUUGGUGACCCAGUGCAGCAACUCCAUUGGCCAUGUUAGCAUUGACAUUUCUGGAAGCUUAAGCUGGAUCCUAAACCUCUUCCAUGAAAGAAUUGAAAACAAUAUCAAAAUGGUCUUGCAACAAAAGCCUGCCCUUUCCUGUCUCACAGUCACAGUGAUGAUUGACAAGGUUGCAAGCCUUGACUACAGAUUGGUAGGAGCCCCCCAGGUGACCUCUGAAGGCCUGGAUAUUCCCUUCAAGGGGGAGUUCUUCAGCCAAAGCCAGCCCUCACUGGUGCCUUUUGAAGUGCCACCCAUGACGCUGCCCCCACAACAUGACCACAUGAUUUACUUGGCAGUCUCUGAAUACAUGGUCAACACAGCCAGCCGGGUUUACCACCACGCUGGGAGCAUGAAGGUCAUCAUCCGAAAUGAACACCUGAAGAAUCUGACAAAGCUGGCUGCCAACGAGUCAGCUAAAAAGUGGCGGAAGCAGAAUCUAAAGCCAAGAUGUGGGGCUUCAAAGUCUACACCUCUAACCACCAUGGUGUCCUGUUUCUCCAGUAACUUCCUGCUUCUCUUACUGCAGAUGCCCCUAAACUCCCCCAUCCUAUUGCACACCAGUUCAUUCCAGGCACUGAUCCCUCAGCUGGCCAGGUCAUACCCCAACAUGGAGGUAGAACUUGAGGCAUCGCCUGAGUCAGAACCACUCCUGACAUUCACCCUUGGGAAUGUGACCCUCUCGCCAGUGAUAGACAUCCAAGCCUUCGCCCUCCUGCCCAACUCCUCCAGCCGCAGGCCACUCUUCCAGCUCAGGGUGAACACCAGUGUUUCCAUCACCAUCAGUGUGAACUCCAGUAGGAUCGUUGGCUCAGUGACCACAGGAAGUAAGCUGAAGCUUGAACUGAAACAAUCCAACGUCAGCGACAUCAAUGUGGAGCUGAUGGAAACCAUCUUCAACUACUACGCACUCAAUACCAUAUACCCCUCUCUCAACGCAAAGCUUGAGGAGGGCUUCCCACUCCCUCUUCCCAGGAAGACCUCCCUCAGCAGUGUGGAGCUCCACAUCCACAAGAACUUCCUGCUCUUAGGAGCCAACAUCAAUUAGGCUGAGGAUGGAGCAGGCAGGAGUAUACAUCACGACCAGGCCAGACCUUGACCUUGUGGAGACCCACAGUUGUUAUCAGUUUUACCAGAGGCUUCUCCAUCUCACUCUACCAAAGCCUUUCCAUUACUUCUAUUUUCUUGAUGCAAUUCUUUCUAUUAAAUUUCAACCUUUUGAUUUUUAUGUAAGCAUAUAAAGCUAAUAAAUCCCUAAAAAUUACUUCAGCUACAUCAUACCAUUCUGAUAUAUAAAAGUUUAUUUACUCAGCUAAUAAGUAGUUUCUAAUUCCCCUAAUGGACUCCACUUUGAAGAAUUUUAUUUUAAAACUACCCAAAUAUAUGUAACUUUGAAACUGAUUAUCCUUAAUCGUAGUAUCAAUUAAAGUCUGUAAGCCUAAUUCUUUGGUAUGUGAGACUUUUUUUAAAGUUGAAACACAAAAAUACCGUAUUUCUAAAUGCUUUUUAUUGAGAAAAAGCAUGUAUUCUGCUUUAUGGCAUCUGGGGACAUUUUAGACCUAAAACGUCCCCCCAAACUCUCAUACAUUUGGAAGGCGACUGUCACGAAUGCACUGUACUCCUCCGCGGAUUCACCCUCUGACGAGCUCUGCAGCCAAAUGUGCUGUUACGGGGCAGGCCCAGUUGGAGUAACAGGCUGGAGUCCCCAUGUCUGGAUCUCAAUUCUUGUGCAGAGUGAAGAGCUGUUCCACGAUGCUCUGCAGAGAGCAGGCAGGCUGCAGGGACAGGCACAG